UGUACGAUCAGCCGUCCCAGGUCUGUUGGCCCCAGGAGCUGGCGAUCAGGUGUUCCCGGCACCUGCACCCUCGCUUGUUGAUCUUCCUCUCCUGCCCACUAACGCAGGAAUUUCUCUUGUGUUUGAGAUAAGUGAAUGAGUAGAUAAUGCCUGUAGAAGACAAGUCAGUUAUUGAUGAAAAUGUAGCAAAAAUUCCUGUAAACAGUAACCAAGCAACCAAUGGUGACAUAAAAUCAGUUCCACCCAGAAGCAAGUCCACCAUGGAGGUGAAUGGGAGUACAUGUACUGGCCACCAGAACUCUCACGACUCCACUCCUCCUAUGCCAUGGUUUGGAAUGGAUAUUGGUGGAACCCUGACAAAGCUUGUGUACUUUGAACCAACCGACUUGAGUGAGGCUGAGGAGGAGAGUGAAGUUGAGACUAUUAAAAAUAUUCGGAGAUACCUCAAGAGCAACUCGGCCUAUGGUGACACUGGCCACAGGGAUGCUCACCUUCAGAUGGAAAAGGUGCGUGUUGGGAAUCGAACAGGAACACUCCACUUUAUACGCUUCCCCACAUCAGAGAUGCCACAGUUCCUUGAACUCUCCAAAAGCAAGGGGAUGGCUACCCUUGCUUCUACCAUUUGUGCUACUGGAGGAGGAGCCUACAAAUUUGAGGAAGAAUUUCAGCGCGUGGGUAUUAAAGUGUGGUGUGGCCACUCCUACCCCCCAGCUGAUGGACAAUCCCAUUAUGAAAUGAAUUUAACCCUGCACAAAUUUGAUGAACUAGACUGUCUCAUCCGAGGCAUAGAGUAUAUAGAAGACAAUAAUAACUACAAUGAGUGCUAUUACUUCCUCAAUCCUCGCAAUGAAGAGACGUGUGAAAAGGUUACUUAUGAUUUCAGCAAUCCUUACCCUUUUCUGGUGGUGAAUAUUGGUUCAGGAGUAAGCAUCUUGGCAGCUUAUGGCCCAGAAAGUUACCGAAGAGUUUCUGGGACCAGUUUAGGUGGUGGCACUUUCCUAGGUCUAUCUUGUCUCUUAACAGGAUGCAAAACUUUUGAAGAGGCCAUUGAACUAGCAGCCAAGGGAAAUAAUGAGAAUGUUGAUAAACUAGUGAGAGACAUUUAUGGUGGUGACUAUGAUAGAUUUGGGCUCAGUGGAGAUAUUGUAGCAAGUAGCUUUGGUCACAUGAACAGUGCUGAGAAAAGAGCGAAAGUUUCUCGUGAAGAUCUUGCAUGUGCAACAUUAAUCACGAUCACAAACAACAUUGGCUCAAUAGCUCGAAUGGUGGCAGCUAAUCAGAAGAUUGAAAAGGUGUUGUUUGUUGGCAAUUUCCUGCGCGUAAAUCCCAUCUCAAUGAAGCUACUGUCUCAUGCCAUGGAGUUCUGGUCAGGUGGACAACUAAAAGCUAUUUUUUUGGAACAUGAAGGUUACUUUGGUGCUGUCGGCUGUAUGUUGGAACUAAUGCGGACUGGAGAUACUAUGGCUUCAUCUUAAAGAUAAACUUUAAUAUUAUAUAAUAUUUAUUGAAGUUAGGUCCAAUUGUAAAUGCUUAGAUACAAAAGAUUUUAUAUUUUUUUUGUUUACUACUACUAUAGAGUGUUUAAUAUGUGCUUCACAUUGAUAUGUUAGGUUUGAGAGAUAGAGGUACAAUAGUUGUUUGUGAUAUGAAAUGUUUAUUUAGCCAUUUAUGACAGGCACAAAGAAGCAUUGCACUAUAUUUUACUAUUUUCAGUAACAUAUUUGUUAUAUCUAUUUUGUAUUAUAUGUUUUUGUAAACUUGCCAGUUAUACAAGGCAAAAGGGUUAAUGCUUGUACUUAUUUUCCAGGCCUUUCCUUGUGUUGUGAAUUAUUUUACCCUCAUACAAAGACCACCAUACAGCUCUUGGAUCUAAGGCCUUAGAUGGAUUUAUGUUUAAGGAGAAUGUGCCUUCUGAUAAACAGAUUUCUUUUUAUUUUAUAUUAAUGUCUUCUGUAUAUUUCCAUGGAGUCUACAAUGCUGGGGCAAGCAUUGUGGUUGAUUACAGAUUUUGUUUUCUAUUUUUCUCUAAUUGAUUUCACUUAGUCUUCGUAUACAUUUCAGUUUGAAGCAUUGAUAAUCGGAAUCAUUUUAUAUAGUAACCAAUUUUGUAUUGUACAAAGACCUGUGUAUGUCCAUUUAACACCAAGGUAGAUUUUUCAGGGUUGUAGUUUAUUGCAGAGAUUUUCUUUAAUGAGAUUAAUAGAAAAGCUAAUUUAUUAACACAUGGAUGGCAUAUUAAUUUUUUAACAAUUUUUAGCAUUUUGUAUUUAGUUUUUUCCUUGUGUUUUAACAGGGGCAUUGAUAUGUAAGACAUUUAUGAACACUAUCUGCCUGCUAAUUAUCAAACUAUGGUACAGUAAUUUGAGGGAGAUGUCUUAAUUAUAUACAAUCCUAUACUAAAACUGCUUCAGUAUUUUGGGUCAUGAGUAAAUUAAAUUCUUUAUUGUAUUCACUAUUAUCAUAAUUACAGUAUAUAUACAUUUAUAUAAGCAUACAGUACUUUGCACAUGUUUACUGUACGUAUUUACUUUUGCAUUUCUGUAUUUUUAUGGCAUAUUUUGAUAUCCCUUGACAAAUUAACCUCGCUUCACUUCAUAAGUCUUACUUGUUAUGUUGCCUAAUAUGAAAUGAAAUGAAUACUAGGUUUUGGAACUUGAUAGAGUACAGUAUUAUCUCUCGAUACUGAAAUAAUUGGUGAGCAGCCCUUUCAGUAUAAAACAAAUCCAAAAACUUGUCCAAUACCAGUAUUUUUAGUCCAGGUAAAGUGUCACAAUACCAGAUUUUUUGUUAUAUAGAAUAUAGCUUGGGAACACAAUACUUUAAUGGACAAUGAAUAUCAUACAUAAUACAAUAUACAUGAUAGGUACAGUAACAUACAUAUUGUAAAAAAAAGUGGCUCCAUAUUACAUACACAGUUCCUUCUCUGGCUGCUGGCUGGUCAGCUGUUUGUCUAUGUAAACAAUUUGUCAGGAAUUUAAUGAUAAAAUAACUCAUCUGACAUUAAGUUUGUAGUUUUAUUGGGGAAAACUGAUUUAUGUACAAAAAUGUUUUAUUAACCUGGGAUCAAAUGAACAUAAAUUACAUGGGAAUUAUGUUGAAAUUGCAUGCUGUCAUUUUAAAGAGGUCGCAGGACCAGAGGGUGAAUUUUCUGCUCAGUCCAGCCAGCAACCUGCCUUUCCUUCCUUUUCUCCCACACAAUUAAUUUCCCACUCAUUAGUUUUCUUCUUAUAUAGAUUUAUAUUUUAUUUUCUUAUUUCUAAAUCAUAUUAGAGCACUAUAUGACAGUAUUAUAUUUGAGUAUUUGAGGAGGGUUUCAGUAUGUAGUGAACUCAUUCAGAAUAGGGAGAUAAUACUGUACUGCAAUCUGAGAAGCACAUUUGGAAAAAAAAAAUCAUAAUUUUUUGCUUCAAAUUAAGUGCUCAUAAGAGCACUCUUGUGACCACAGAUAGGGGAACUAAAUAUUUUGCAUAAAUGUAGCUUGAUGUUACAGAAAGACAUAACAUAGCCCUGAGAGUUGUCAGGUAUCACAUGACCUGUCAGUGGUGUCUAAUGGUUUUCACUAUCGCAUCAUGGAGAUCUCUGUGUAUGUUGUGUUGUGAGCUCCAUAGAUUGACGUGAAAACCAUUAAACACCACUGACAGAUCACAUGAUACCUGAUAACUCUCAGGUUAAUCUCAUCUUUCUGUGUCAUUGGACUACAUUUACACAAAAUAUUUGGUUCUCAACUUAUAUAGUUUGUAGUGUUUGGACAUUAUUUAGGGUUCUCGAAUAAAAAAUAUUCGCCCUGUAGAAGUUCAGUACAUUAUAGAGAGUUAAUACUGUACAGUAUUUGCGUUUGACAUUUAAAUACAAUGCAGCUAUUUGAAGAAAAAAGUUGUAGACUAUAUUUUCAAACAGUUUUUCUGGUGGUGUAAAUCCCACAAAUUGUUUGAUGUGGUUUGACCAUUUUAAUUCAAGAUAACCAAACAGUUGACAAACCAGUUAAUAUUUAAUAUAAAAAAUUUACUUGCACAACUGAGGGCAAAUUAUUUAAAAGGUAGUCCCAAUAACAUAAUCAUUAUUUUUAAUCUACACAAUAAAACCUCCAUCAUUUUAAAUAAUACUCUAGUGGCUUUACCUUUGCCAAAAUAAUGUAAUUCCUGAAUUAUGAUUGUCUGACUCUACCAACAAGGUCAACGCACGAUUUACUGUAUAUACAGGUACUUAAGUUGUAUCUUUUAUCACCAGUUAUUGUAUAAAAUAAUAGUGUUUAGCAAUGGGGAUUCAUUUCAGCUGACAAGAUUUCCAUAUUUUGUUGCAUAUUAUCAUCAUCUUUUUUUUGUAUAAUAUACAUUAUUAGGGUUUAACAAAAAAAUUGUAGUUCAACUAAUAAGGUAGAUUAGGCAAGGUACAUAAUACUGUACUUUAUCUUUCUUGCACUCCAUUAUUACAUCAUUUAUUACUUUUAAGUAAAUGAACAGAAGGUUAUUUAUUACCUUCUUAAUAUUACAAGUUUAUUGCAUGGAAAUUUACUGAUUUGUGAGGACCCUUAUUUUGCACCACUUCCCACCUUUCGUUCCUCGUCAAAUACAAGUCUGACGACAUACAGUAUACGAACAAUGUGCGUCACUAAUCUGUCCAUUAUGAUGGCAAUCCCACCUAAAUGUGAGUUGGAGUGAAUUGUGAUGUGGCUGCCAUUUUAAAUUUGGUAUGUAUCGAGCCCCCACAAAGCCUGCCACCCCACAUAUCCAGCCCCUCUCAUGGACCAGUAAUCUGACUGACUCCUCCUUGGGGUCUUCAACACUCCUCCAUAAUGCUGCUCAACCACAAGUAGUACCCAAAUUUGCCCGUAUGUAACGCUAAGUAGAAAAUCUACUUAUCUCGGAUGUUUUUAUUGUUUUCAUUGGACUUUAUACGUAAAGUCAUGUGUAACGUAACCUGAGGAGUAUCUGUAUUCUGUACUGUACAUAUAUACAUACAUACAUGCUUACAUACACGAGAGGGAAUACUAAUGUAUGUACCAUACAUAAUCUCUAGAGUCUUUGCACUAAUUGUCUAAGAUGAACAAAAUACUUGGGUGUACCUAUACCGUAGUGUACAGAUGUAUAUUUUAAUAUAUAGUGAGUUUGUUUUGAAUAUUAAUAAUAGUAUAGAGUAUAUAUACUUUUUUAGCAUAAACAUACAGGAGGGUAAUACAGUAUCAUAUUUUGAUGAAUAUGUCGCACUUUUUUCCUAAAAGAUUUGGUAAAAGCUGGGGUGUGACUUACUAUUGGAUACAAUUUUUUUUUAGCGCCUCAAAAAUACCUGUAAAUAUUACCAUUAUUCCUUGUGUACUCUAGCACCAUCGCGAUCUAACCUGUCCCCACUACCAUUACUACCUCACCCUUAGUCAAAAUUACAAUCGGUACCGCCAUUAAUAUCGUCACUGCGUGUCGUCCAUCUGCGAGUUGGAUUACUAGAAUGAAGAUCAGUGACCCAUACCUACUGUGUCCAAAACCUUAAAAGUAGAAAUAGAACAUUAAAUAAUUUACUGAUAAUAACUUGA